AGGCUCCGAGUGCGAGGUCCCAGGCUGGGGAACGGAGCGGAGGCUCCCCACUUCGGCUUGAAAUCCCACUCAGAAAACCCAACAAUAGUGAAAACUCCGCCUCCUCGCUUCACCCUCUUCCCGUGCUAGUGUGGGUUCCCUCCUGUACUCGCCGUUUUUCCAUUCCCACCGCCACCCCGACUCCGGGAGGCAGAGCCGGAGCUGCGAGAACCGUGGCAGGAGAGGGGCAGCAGGAUGAAUGUGGGAACAGCACACAGCGAGGUGAACCCCAACACGCGGGUGAUGAACAGCCGUGGCAUCUGGCUCUCCUACGUGCUGGCCAUUGGGCUUCUCCACGUCGUGCUGCUCAGCAUUCCCUUUGUGAGCGUCCCCGUCGUCUGGACCCUCACCAACCUCAUCCACAACAUGGGCAUGUACAUCUUCCUGCACACGGUGAAGGGGACCCCCUUUGAGACCCCAGACCAGGGCAAGGCGAGGCUGCUAACACACUGGGAGCAGAUGGACUAUGGAGUCCAGUUCACGGCAUCUCGGAAAUUCCUGACCAUCACACCCAUUGUGCUGUACUUCCUCACCAGCUUCUACACCAAGUACGACCAGAUCCAUUUCAUCCUCAACACUGUGUCCUUGAUGAGCGUGCUCAUCCCCAAGCUGCCGCAGCUCCAUGGAGUCCGGAUUUUUGGAAUCAAUAAGUACUGAGGGUGCAGCCCCUUCCCCUGCGUGGGAUGGCAGGGGAGGGGUAGAAGCCUGUGCUGUGACGCUGAAGACAGAAGGAGCCGCUGGGUACCGCCGGAGCUGGGGGUUGAGCCUCUGGGCCCUAGUUUCCCCCUCACUUCCCACAGUAGCAGACUUGAAGUAGUUUGGGGUGGGCCCCCCCCGGGGCUCUGACCCCUCCUGAUUCUUUUGAUCUUUUCCUUUUGCCUCAUGGGGGUGCUCCUGGAAUGGGCUGGGCUCCUGGGCUGAACACAGACCUAUGAGGUUGGGACAAGAGGCCAGGGAAGCCCCCUGCUCGCUUGCGCCUCCUUGACCUGCUAAAGCACUUUAACCCCUGUGAGCAGGGCAGAGGGAACGGUACAGCUUCUAGUUUGUUUCACUUUAAUUCUUAAGUCUUUAGGAUGACACUUAGUGUGUGCUUAUAUAUACGAAAGCAGUUGUGUGAGAGUGCGUCAUCCCUCUGGGUAGAGAAUUGUCUAAUUCAAGUCAGACAGCUCCCGUACAGCGCCCCCCAGGGUACUAGGUGCGGGUGGGGAGGGUAAGGAGAUGUGGGGGGAUGGGGCUGAGUGUGCAUGGCCUGGUCCCAGAGGUGGGGGGCCAGGGCUGCAGCCUUCUGGCCCUGGUGG